AUGGCCCCUCCCGGGGACGCCCCGCGCCUCCCCCCGGUCGACCGCGCCCCGGACCUCCUCCGCGUGGCCGUGGCGCCCGACGGCCGCGUCAAGGCCACAUUCGCCGACAACAGCAUCCUGCUCCUGGAUCCAUCCGGCGCUUCAUUCAUCCACAUCUCUUCGCAGGGCGCCCACGUGCGGCAGCUCAGCGAGUUCGCCGUCAGCCGGUUCGCUGCCCCGCUGGCUCUCGCAUUGGACUUCCGCAACCGGCAUCUGGACCAGCCCUUUUACUGCCGGUGGCUCAGGGCAAGGGCAUCAGCCCAGGCCUUCACGACUGGGGAUCCGAUUCGGUCGGUAAGGUGGCCGGCAAGCGCGGAGGCGGCGAUCCAAUCGGGGGCUAUGCGUGCAUCCGGGGACGGUGGCGUGGCGGUGAGAUCGGAGGAGGGAUGCGCACGGCUGGCGCUGCACGGCCAGGGGACCAGGUUCGCAGUUUCCUUCCCGCUGCUGAUAGGAUCGGCGGCAUCCGGAAGGUACGAGUAUGUGUGGCAGACGCAGGCGUUCCCCGCGGGCAGGCACCCACAGCGCUGGACCCCCGGCCUGGCGCUCGCCUUAGCAGGCCGGAAACUCCUACUGGGUGGCCAAGAAUCGGCCAAUGUGGCCGCAACAGACAACGAUAACGGCAAUUGUGCGCAUGUCGUGAGCAACCUGACCAGGACAACAACCCUGCCGGCAUGCCCGGAUCCAGUAACGCAAUGCGCAGCCGGCGCGAAUGAUUUCCCGAACCCCUCGUGGUGGUUCGAGCCCACCACAGCACUCCUGCCGCGCGGCGAGGCGAUCAUGAUCGAGUGGACGCCCGACGCCACGUACCAUUACCUGCCGGGGGAGGACGAGGUGGAGGCCUGGAUCCACGCGGACGCGUCGGUGAUGUCAACGUUCCGCGGCGGCCGCUUUCUGAGGCAUCGGCGAGAGGGGGCGGGGGCGGAUGCGGAGAGGGUGUACGCCGCGCACGCGGUGCCGCGUUGGGGCUGGACGGCGGAGCGCGGAAGGGAAUGCCCUCUGGCCGGCAUCGCCAGCCACGCCCUUGCCCUCAGGUUGGGGCCCCGAUCCCGAUCCCCCCUGCCACAGUCAUUGCUCUUGCGGGUCGUUUUCGUG